CGACGCACGCAAUACAAAAAAUACGAGAGAGAAGAAGCGCUCGGAACUCUCUCUAUUUCUCUCUGACCAAAGAAGAAAACCCUAGCUCCCAUGAAAUCCUUGUCUUAGAUCUUUCAGCGAGAUCCGAAGCGAAGCCCUAAAGACUUGCCAGCGAGACCACCAAUGGCCGGGGAGCUAGGGCAACAGACGGUGGAAUUCUCGGCUCUGGUGAGCCGGGCCGCCGAGGACUCCUUCCUGGCGCUCAAGGAGCUGGUGGAGAAGGAGAAGGCGAGGUCGUCCUCCGCUUCUGCCGCCGGAGACCCACAGUCCGAUACCGAGAGGAAGAUUAACCUCCUCAAGUACAUCGUCAAGACCCAGCAGCGGAUGCUCCGCCUCAAUGUCCUCGCCAAGUGGUGCCAACAGGUUCCUUUGAUACAGUAUUGUCAGCAGCUUGCUUCUACACUAUCAAGCCAUGAUACAUGCUUCACACAAGCUGCAGAUUCAUUGUUUUUCAUGCAUGAGGGGCUACAGCAAGCUCGUGCACCUGUCUAUGAUGUACCAUCUGCUAUAGAAUUGCUGCUUACAGGAACUUAUCAGCGUUUACCUAAAUGUAUAGAAAACGUGGGUAUUCAGAGUACAUUAACUGAGGAACAGCAAAAACCAGCUUUGAAAAAGUUGGACACACUUGUACGGUCUAAAUUACUUGAAGUUUCCUUGCCAAAAGAAAUUUCUGAGGCUAAAGUUUCUGAUGGCACUGCGCAGCUUCGUGUGGAUGGGGAAUUUAAGGUUUUAGUUACUCUUGGUUACCGAGGACAUCUAUCAAUGUGGAGGAUAUUACAUUUGGAGCUGCUUGUUGGAGAGAGAAGUGGGCUCGUGAAGCUGGAAGAAUCGCGACGGCAUGCCCUUGGAAAUGAUUUAGAGCGUAGAAUGGCCGCAGCAGAAAACCCAUUUAUGACAUUAUACUCGGUUCUCCAUGAGCUUUGCGUUGCACUUGUCAUGGACACUGUCAUAAGACAAGUUCAAGCUCUUCGACAAGGAAGAUGGAAAGAUGCAAUUCGAUUUGAGCUCGUAUCUGAUGGUAGUACAGGUCAUGCUAGUUCUACACAAUUAAAUCCAGAAGGAGAAGCUGAUUCAUCUGGUCUACGAACACCAGGAUUAAAAGUUUUAUACUGGUUAGAUUUUGAUAAGAACUCUGGAACAUCUGACUCAGGGUCAUGCCCAUUUAUAAAAAUUGAACCAGGACCAGAUCUGAAUAUAAAGUGUCUUCAUAGCACAUUUGUCAUAGAUCCACUAACUGGCAAGGAGGCAGAAUUUUCUCUUAACCAAAGUUGCAUCGAUGUUGAGAAGUUGCUGCUUAGGGCUAUAUAUUGUAAUAGAUAUACUCGUUUGCUUGAAAUUCAGAAAGACCUGGGCAAAAAUGUGCAGAUAUGCCGAGCGGCAGGUGACGUUGUUCUUCAGUCUCACUUGGAUGAACCUGAUAUUGACAAUAAAAAGAAAGAUAAGAAGCCUGACACCAGGGAAUAUGAGGGGCAGGAAGUAUUACGUGUCCGUGCCUAUGGCUCUUCAUUUUUCACCCUUGGAAUUAAUAUAAGGAACGGCUGCUUUCUCCUGCAGUCAUCCCAGAAUAUUCUUGAACCUUCGGUAUUGUUAGAUUGUGAAGAAGCUUUGAAUCAGGGAAGCAUGACUGCAGCUGAGGUUUUUAUAAGAUUGAGAAGCAAAAGUAUUCUGCAUCUAUUUGCAUCUAUUGGCAGGUUUUUAGGCCUUGAGGUAUAUGAGCAUGGUUUUGCUGCAGUUAAAGUACCUAAGAACAUUUCGAAUGGUUCAUCUAUGUUGCUAAUGGGGUUUCCAGACUGUGGGAGCUCUUAUUUUCUGCUGAUGUUACUUGAUAAGGAUUUUAAACCCCUGUUCAGAUUGUUAGAGACUCAGCCAGAUCCCUCUGGAAAGGCCCAUUCUUUUAAUGAAAUAAACCAUGUUAUGCGCAUGAAGAAAAUUGACGUUGGCCAGAUGCAGAUGCUUGAAGAUGAAAUGAAUUUGAGCCUACUUGACUGGGGAAAACUAUUUUCCUUUUUGCCUAGUGCGGGGGGUCAUAAUCAGGCUUCUGAACAUGGUAUUCUUUCUGAUAUUGGCCUUGGGAGUUCUAUGCAGAUUGCAGGAUGUCCUCCUUCUAGUUUUUCAUCUGUUGUUGAUGAAGUGUUUGAGCUUGAGAAAGGGUCAUCUGUGCCUCCAUUCUCUGUUCAGAAUCUCUCUUCAUACAAUACAUCUUCUGCAGCUCAUUUUGGCUCUGCUCCAAUUAGUCUGCAUAGUAUGAAAGCUGGAACCCCCUCUCCUAAGUGGGAGGGAGGCAUGCAGAUAUCACAGGUCAAUACUGUUGCAAAAGUUUCAAGUAUGGCAACCCUUUAUAAUGGUUCUAUGUAUGCCUCAAGCAAUUUGAAGGGCCCUGUACAGUCCAGUUCAGUUGGUUCGCUAUCUUCUGGCACAGGAAGGAGUACAACUUUGAAAAAACUAUCAGCCUCGAAGUCCGAGCAGGAUUUGGCUUCUCUUAGGUCUCCACAUUCGGUUGAGGUUGGUUCGUAUACCACAGUGGAUGAGGAUCAGCUUAGAUUGUUAAAUGAUACUUCAAAGGAUUUAUAUGGGAGCAGGUCAGCUCGAUUAUUAUCUCCUCCCCGUGCCACUGCUCCUCGAAUCUCUGUGCCAGGUGCAAAAGCGAAUGGACUUAGAAGUUCACCUUCUAGACCUCUUGGUGGAUCUUUCAGAGGUUCUGGAUCAAGCUCUUGUACUUCAACUCCCGUAUCCCAUGCACCAGAAUCUGCGAUUUGUCAAAGUCCCAGUCAAGAUGUUGUUUCCAAGCAUGAUAAAAAUCCUCGAAAGCGUACAGUUUCAGAUAUUUUGAGUUUGAUUCCAUCACUUCAAGGUCUUGAAGCAAAUACGGGAUUUUCUAAGAGAAGAAAAAUCUCUGAAUUUGCUCAUGCCCAGCACCUUUCAUCACAUGUUACUAUAUCGACUGAGAUGGUAACUAAAACCGAAGGAUACAGUUAUGGGAAUCUUAUAGCUGAAGCGAAUAAAGGUAAUGCACCUUCCAGCAUUUAUGUUUCAGCUCUUCUUCACGUGGUCAGACACUGCUCACUUUGUAUCAAGCAUGCCAGACUAACUAGUCAGAUGGAGGCACUAGACAUCCCUUAUGUUGAAGAAGUGGGGUUAAGAAGUGCUUCCUCAAACAUAUGGUUCCGGCUCCCAUUUGCAAGAGGCGAUUCCUGGCAACACAUAUGCUUGCGGCUUGGCAGACCAGGAAGCAUGUAUUGGGAUGUCAAAAUAAAUGACCAGCACUUCAGGGAUUUGUGGGACCUUCAGAAAGGAAGCAGUAGUACACCAUGGGGUUCUGGCGUUCGCAUAGCCAAUACAUCUGAUAUAGAUUCUCAUAUUCGAUAUGAUCCAGAUGGUGUUGUUCUGAGUUAUCAAUCUGUUGAGGCUGAUAGUAUAAAGAAGCUGGUGGCCGAUAUCCGAAGGCUCUCCAAUGCAAGAAUGUUUGCCCUUGGCAUGAGGAAGCUGCUUGGAGUAAGAGCAGAUGAGAAGCCAGAAGAGUGCAGUACAAACUCUGAUGUCAAAUCACCAGUUGGAGCCAAAGGUGCUCCUGAGACAGCUGAUAAGUUAUCAGAGCAGAUGAGAAGGGCAUUUAGAAUUGAGGCGGCUGGAUUAAUGAGCUUGUGGUUUAGUUUUGGUUCAGGUGUCCUAGCUCGCUUUGUUGUCGAAUGGGAAUCAGGUAAAGAGGGUUGCACAAUGCAUGUCUCUCCCGACCAACUUUGGCCACAUACAAAGUUUCUGGAGGAUUUCAUAAAUGGAGCUGAAGUUGCAUCCCUUUUGGACUGCAUUCGCCUUACUGCAGGACCCUUGCAUGCUCUUGCGGCUGCAACUCGACCUGCACGUGCUGGUCCUGUCCCAGGGGUCCCUGGGGUAGCAGCAGCUCUCUCUUCUAUCCCAAAACAGGCGGCGUACAUAACAUCUCAGGGCCUCCUUCCCAACAGUUUGACCUCUAAUGUUGGUCAGGUUACUUCUGUCCCUGUAGGGAACCCAACUGCGUCUUCUGCUACUGGUCCUCUUGCCAAUCAUGGCCUUCAUGGAGCUGCAAUGUUAGCUGCUGCUGGCCGUGGUGGCCCUGGCAUUGUUCCAAGCUCACUAUUGCCCAUUGAUGUCUCUGUUGUGCUACGUAGCCCCUACUGGAUACGAAUCAUAUAUCGCAAACACUUUGCAGUUGACAUGCGCUGCUUUGCAGGAGAUCAGGUAUGGUUGCAGCCAGCGACACCACCAAAGGGGGGCGCUUCAGUUGGAGGGUCAUUACCAUGUCCACAGUUUCGCCCUUUUAUUAUGGAGCAUGUUGCUCAAGAACUGAAUGGUUUAGAUCCUACUUUCACCAGUGGCCAACAGAUGGGUGGACUAGCAAAUUCAAAUGGUCAAAACCCAAGUUCAGGUUCUCAAUUGUCUGCUGCCAAUGGAAACAGAGCUAACCUUGCUAGUUCUGCUGCAAUGUCUAGGGCAGGAAGCCAAGUGGCUGGAUUGAACCGUAUGGGAAAUGCUAUUUCUGGAUCCUCAAAUUUAGCUGUUGUAGGUGUUGGAGCGGCUUUACGUAGAUCCCCAGGCACAAGUGUCCCCGCACAUGUGAGAGGAGAGCUCAAUACUGCUAUUAUUGGUCUUGGGGAUGAUGGAGGGUAUGGAGGUGGCUGGGUUCCUCUUGUUGCGCUCAAGAAGGUUCUCAGGGGUAUUCUCAAGUACCUAGGAGUGCUAUGGCUGUUUGCCCAGCUGCCUAAUCUUUUGAAAGAGAUCCUAGGAUCAAUUCUGAAAGAAAAUGAAGGUGCACUUUUGAAUUUGGACAAUGAGCAGCCUGCCUUACGCUUCUUCGUAGGGGGCUAUGUAUUUGCUGUAAGUGUCCACAGAGUUCAACUUCUUCUUCAAGUUCUCAGUGUGAAGCGUUUCCAUCAUCAACAACAGCAACAGCAACAGCAAAACUCGACUGCUGCGCAAGAGGAACUAACUCAAUCUGAAAUAAGUGAGAUAUGUGACUACUUCAGCCGCCGUGUUGCAUCAGAGCCCUACGACGCUUCUCGUGUUGCUUCAUUCAUUACUCUUCUCACUUUACCAAUCUCAAUUCUUAGAGAAUUCUUGAAAUUAAUAGCAUGGAAAAAAGGAUUAGCCCAAGCACAGGGUGGAGACAUAGCUCCUUCACAGAAACCACGUAUUGAAUUAUGUCUUGAAAAUCAUACUGGAUUGCAUAUGGAUGAAAACUCUGAGAAUUCAUCUGUAGCCAAAAGUAAUAUCCAUUAUGAUCGGCCCCAUAACUCCGUUGAUUUUGCGCUAACUGUUGUUCUGGAUCCCGCACACAUACCGCACAUAAAUGCUGCUGGGGGUGCUGCAUGGUUGCCCUACUGUGUUUCUGUGAGGUUGAGAUAUUCAUUUGGGGAAAAUCUUAAUGUGUCUUUUCUUGAUAUGGAAGGAAGCCAUGGAGGCCGAGCUUGCUGGUUGCGUGUUGAUGACUGGGAGAAAUGUAAACAGAGGGUGGCGCGAACUGUGGAGGUUAAUGGAUGUUCACCAGCAGAUGUUAGUCAAGGAAGAUUGAGAAUAGUUGCAGAUAGUGUGCAAAGAACACUGAAUUUGUGCCUUCAAGGGUUAAGGGAUGGUGGUGGGGUUACAGCAACCUCUGUGUCAACCUAAUUAGUUGGUUCACUCUCAACAGCAACAUAUGAUUCUCAAAGAUUGGUAUUUGGCAGUGAAUCUUUUUGGGGUUUUGUGUAGAUGUGUGAUGGGUUUGUGCCUUUUCAAUUCUUAGGUUAUGCAAUUUGAUUGGAGGAACUUGCCGUGAUGGGGGAAGAGAAUCCCUGCUAAUAGAUGAUUUAAGAAGUUGAAUGAUAAAGUGGCAGAGCUCGCUGGGGGAUUGACCGUUAAUAUGGGGCUACUUCAAUUAGCUGACUUAGAUAUCUUGCACGUAGGACGGAUGAUGUUUUUGGACCAAGAUCAUCUGAUAAUUAGGGUGUAAAAUGUUUUUGAAGGUUAGUGUAUUGUUCUUGUACAGAAAGUACUUGAUUUACGAUAGGAACUCUGUAAAAACAAAAAACAAAAAAAAUUAUGUUAUAUAACCCAAUGGACAAUUGCAAGGC